GAGAACUACAAUACUAAAAGGACACAGAAAUACUAAUAACUAUACUAGAAGGACAAGGAAAUAUAAGAUUAUUCCUAAUCUAUCUCUAACAUAGUAAACAUAUUGAUAAAUAGACUGAUGCUUGUCCAUUCUGUAACCUUAUGAAAACGCAUGACCACUUUCUUCAAGGUAUGUGAUUGGAGUCGUCGGUGGCAAGGGGUGGUGGAUAUGAUGGGAUGGGCUGCAAAGAUCAUGAAGGAACGACCACAGUCUGAGGUUGAAAGCUGGGCCCUGCUGCUAUGGGCCCUGUGGAAUGAGAGGAACGCGCAACUCUUUAACAAGAAGAAAUGGUCGGAGAGCAAAAUCGUUACUUGUGCCCAGGCGCUGCUAGAGGAGUAUUAGCUAUACCAACAUCAAAUGGACGAUAUGACGCAUGAUCAACAUUCGGUGAAGUGGCUUCGACCGCCUGAGGGCUGGAUAAAAGUGAACAUCGAUGCUUGAAUUUAGCUGGGGGUGGAGCGGGACUGGGGAUUGUGGUCCGUGAUCAUCGCGGACACUUCCUCGUCGCGGCUGCCAAGAAGGUACGUAGAACAUUUAGUGUGGAGAUGGCAGAAAUGCUUGCUGCACAAUUCGGGGUUCAACUGGCAAGCCAUCUAGAUUUGGGUCCGAUAAUCCUUGAGUUUGAUAGUCUCACCAUUGUCAACAUUCUUCAAGACCUGAGUAUAGACUGUACCGAGGUGGAGAUUGUGGGUCGUAGUGUGAAGCAAUCAUUAUUCGAACAGGGUCUCAUACCGGGAUGAUACGUCGUACUCGAUGGGAAGCAAAUAAUGCGGCUCAUAUCAU